UCCUGGCACCUUGGCUCCGAGAAUUUAGGACUUGUGAGCUUGUCUGGGCCACUAGCAAAUUCUUCCCAGGCUAGACACCCAGGCUAAGCAAUUGGUUCCGAACCCGGAGGAACCCAGGGGCCGGGUCACGUGGCUGGCUGCCUACAUGACGUGCGGGCUGCUGAGCGUCACUGUGACGUUCAGGCGACCGUCGAAGUGGCCAGGUUACCUCCGUCACCUGUGUUGGGGUGCUGUCAUGGACCUGGGACCGAUGCGCAAGAGUUACCGCGGGGACCGAGAGGCAUUUGAGGAGGCUCAUCUGACCUCGCUGGACCCCAUGAAGCAGUUUGCCUCCUGGUUUGAGGAGGCUGUUCAAUGUCCAGACAUAGGGGAAGCCAAUGCUAUGUGUCUGGCUACCUGCACCAGAGAUGGAAAACCCUCUGCCCGCAUGCUGCUGCUGAAGGGCUUUGGCAAGGAUGGUUUCCGCUUCUUCACUAACUACGAGAGCCGCAAGGGAAAAGAGCUGGACUCUAAUCCCUUUGCUUCUCUUGUCUUCUACUGGGAGCCCCUGAACCGGCAGGUGCGUGUGGAGGGUCCUGUGAAGAAACUGCCCAAGAAGGAGGCUGAGAACUACUUCCAUUCCCGCCCCAAGAGCAGCCAGAUUGGGGCUGUGGUCAGUCGCCAAAGUUCUGUGAUCCCCGAUCGGGAGUACCUGAGAAAGAAAAAUGAAGACCUGGAACAGCUCUACCAGGAACAAGAGGUGCCUAAACCAGAAUACUGGGGUGGCUACAUCCUGUACCCCCAAGUGAUGGAGUUCUGGCAAGGCCAAACCAACCGCCUGCACGACCGCAUUGUCUUCCGUCGAGGCCUGUCAACAGGAGACUCCCCUCUAGGACCCAUGACCCACCGUGGGGAGGAAGACUGGGUAUAUGAGAGACUUGCACCUUGACUCUGGACUCAGAAUGUUGGGGGAUCAUCAGCUGAAAGAGAGUGGGGGAGGGCUGCUCAGAGAGGGUGAAGGACUGGGAACGGGGUCUACCUCUCUCUGUGUGAAGGGGCACUUGGUUUAAACCUAGGACCUUGCUCAUGCUAGGCAACACUCUACCGCAGAGCUAUGGUGCCAGAAUUUUUCUUAACCUUUUAUUUUGGGACUAAGUUGCCUAGGCUGGCCUUGAACUCCCUGUGUCUGUAUCCCAUACAACCCUCGACCUUGAGUUCUUCUUGCUGGAACUUUUGAGUAGCAGUGAUCACAGGCUUGAACCCCAGGCCCAGCUCCAGUCCUUACUUUUAAACUGAACCUAUUUCCCUUCUCUCUUUUUUUUGUCGGAGCUGAGGACUGAACCCAGGGCCU